AUGUGUGAAGAUUUGUUCCGGAAAGGAAUUCGGAGAGGUGUAAAUGGUUGCUACACUAUUCCUCUACCCAAAAACGAAGACGUUCUUUCCAAAUUGGGCGAGUCACGAGACAUCGCAUUCCGACGUCUUCUUGGAACCGAACGCAGGCUGACAAGGGAUCCCAAUUUGCGUAACCAGUACGUCACAGUUAUGGACGAAUAUUUGAAGUUAGGGCACAUGCGGAAAGUCGAAGAUGAUACCGAGGAGCCAGCCAAAAGGUGUUAUCUACCCCACCAUCCGGUGGUCAAGGAGGCCAGUAUCACCGCCAAGGUCAGAGUGGUCUUCGAUGCCUCGUGUAAGACGUUAACCGGAAUUUCAUUGAAUUAUGCCCUUCUGGUGGGACCAGUUGUGCAGGAAAAUUUGAGGUCUAUUAUCCUACGAAGCCGGACGAAACAGAUUUUCCUCGUAUCGGACGUAGAGAAAAUGUUCCGACAAAUUCUAACUACCCCAAAGGAUCGACCUUUGCUGUGGAUACUUUACCGAUUCACACCCCAGGAUAAAGUUACGGUCUAUGAACCGUGA